CGUGCUCUGCAGUCGUUCGUUCGGCGCCGACUCAGCCAGAACGUGCUGCUGCAGCUCCGCGCGCGCACAAUCAGCUGUUUCCUGGCCGAAAGUUCGCAUAUAGACGCCCAUAUCUAUACAUUCCGUGCCUUACUGCCUUAAUUACUACCUACGAGAUUAGCGAGAUUAUUUAAGCCACUGUGAAGAAGUAAGUAUAGUCCGCGGAGCGAGUCUUCCGCGCGCACAAACGCAAACACACACACACACACACACAUACUCGUCCGGCCCAGUCUCAUCUACUGUAUACGCGAAGCGUAUACAUGUGUACGGCUUGUAAAAAAGAAUCGGAAGAAAGAAUCUUAUUGCUGGGGAGUAUAUAGAAAGAAGUGCGACUAUAGCGGAUAAACAAACCACGAGUGCCGCGAGUGCGUGAGAUGAGCAGCGAAGAGUAGAGAGAAUUAAAAGAGAAACGGGGGAUCGCACGCAAUCUACGUGUUUCCAAGGGUCUGGCUUGGAUAUUUAACGAGGAGCUUCCGAGCAUCAGAGUUCUCUCGUCUAUACUCUCUCUCUGUCUCUCCUUCCUGCAGUGUGCGGACGGCGUUCUGUGCUGCCUGUAUAAAAUAGAGCGAUUCUAUUAUAAAAACACUGAACUGCAGCAGCCAUGGCCCUGAUGAGGAUGACCCUCUCCGCCUUCGCGAGAUCGCGAUUCGGUGCCCAAGCAUUGCCCAGGUUUUCCGCUCCGAAGCCUAGGGAUAACAUGGUAUUCGGCUUCGUCGCGUGCAACUUCCUGAGCACGCACCGACUGACGAAGAACAUCGAGCUACUGACGGAGGACAAUCACCUGCCGAUCAUCAAGGACAGCCCGAAGAAGGUCAUCAAUCCCAGCGAGAACGGCGAGAACCGCCCGCUUCUGGUUUUGCUCUGCUGGUUGCUGUCCAAGCGCAACCACAUCAUGAAGUUCGUCAAUUUCUACAUGGAGCAGGGAUUCGACGUCGUCACCGUAUCAAUGACGCCAUGGCAGCUCAUGUGGCCUGUCAAAGGAUCUAGGAUCAUCGCCCAUGAUCUGCUGCAAUUCUUGGACCAGAACAAGCACUACGAGCAGAUUCUGCUGCAUGGCUUCUCCGUCGGUGGCUAUAUGUGGGGCGAGGUUUUGGAUUUUGUUCACAAGGAUCGUCAGAAGUACGACCAUGUGAUCAAUCGUGUCGUCGGUCACGUCUGGGACAGCGCAGCUGAUAUCAGCGAGCUAACGAUCGGUACCCCGAGGGCAGUUUUUCCAAAUAACGAAGUGCUUCAAAAUGUCAUGAAGAAAUAUCUUGAGUAUCAUAUGAAAGCUUUCCACAAACAAGCGACGCAGUACUGGAUACGGUCGAGCCAACUGUUCCACUUAAAUUUGGUCCGUUCUCCGGCUCUGUUUUUAGUCAGUACAACUGACCCAGUGGGAUCACUUGCGAGUAAUAUGAGAGUUCGGGAUUCGUGGGAGUCUUUAGGUGUUAAGACUUACACGAAGAUAUUUGAAGAUACUCCACACGUUGGACAUUAUCGCGCUCAUCCGAAAGAAUACGUAGCCGAACUGUAUACCUUCUUGGACAGGCUACAGCUAAUACGAAAUGAGGAAAAAAUCAGAGCGCGACUUUAAUAUAGUAUGCGAAUCUUUCAUAUAUCAAUUUUGCCAUUAUGUAUGAUCGAAUCAAUUUGUUAUACUCCUUUUUCUUGAAAACUGUCAAGGAAACGUCUGCAAAAUACUUUCAUAAUUUGACUGUUAGUUAAACAGUUUUUUUUAAUUUGUGUAUCAUGAUUUAGUUUUAAUUACUUAUUUCAUACAUGUAUUUGCAUAUUCUGUCUAAGGUUUCAAUCUAUUGACAAUCUUAGUAUGCAUAUUUUACUCUCAUCGUCUUUCAUAGGGCAAUAUCAAGGCCGUCUAUUAAUUUUAAAUUGUUUUUUAUAAUGCAUAAAACUUAUAUAUAUAUAUAUAUAUAUAUAUAUAUAUAUAUAUAUAUAUAUAUAUAAUUGUAUAAAACAAAACAUUUAAUGAACAGACAAAUGAAGACAAAUGAAGAUGAAAACAGUGUCUUAUUUGACUUUACUCAAAUCGAUUUUUUACAAUAAUGGUAUACUUUACAUUUUUUUAAAAUGAUUGCUAUUGUCUGUGUUAUUAGAAUUUAUAAAUGAAUAUAUCAAAUCGAGAAUUAACUUUUGUACUAUUUCUGGAAUAAUCAAAGAUCUAUAAAAUAAUAAAUUUGGUUAAAUACUCA